UCAUUAUUAACUUUCAAAAAUCAUUCUUGCAUGAAAUUAUUAUGUCGUUCCAUCAUGACAGGGAAAAGUUAAUAGAUUAUGCAUUUGAUGUAGUUGCUGGUUCUUCCCCAUUACAUAUUGCCUGUUUUAGGGGUAGGAUAGAUGUAGUCCGAUGUCUUCUUGAACAUAAAUCUAAUAUUAACAUGACAAAAGAAGACGGGACAACUCCAUUAGCUUAUGCGUGUAAAGUAGGACAUAUUGAAAUAGUAAAGAUGUUGUUAGAGAGGAAUCCUUGCGUUGAUAUAUUUGACAAUGAUGGUUUUACACCACUGAUUAAAGCAGGUAUGAAUAACAACACCAGUGUUGUCCAGUUAUUAAUGCAACAUAAACCAGAUAUCAACGCCAAGGCAUUACAUGGUCUAAAUGCUUUAUUUUUUAGUGCAAUGAAUGGAAACCUAGAAAUAGUACAGUUACUUUUAAAGAGCAAUGCUGACUGUAAUAUAUGUUGCGACAGUAAAGAGUAUAUAAAAGAUGCAUUAACUAAUCACACAAAUAAAACAUUAAAGCAGAUAAAACAAGAUAUAUUCGAUAUUGUAAAUAAUUUAUUGUCGAUAGCAAACGAUUACCUACGUGAUGAGUCAUUCCGUUAUAAAGCGAUAAAAUAUAACAGUGAAGAGUCUGUGCAUAAUGACAGUGAGGAGGCAAUAGAUCAUGCCUUUGAUGUAGUAGCUGGUUCUUCCCCGUUACAGAUUGCCUGUUUUAUGGGCAGGACAGAUGUCGUCCGUUGUCUUCUGGAACAUAAAGCUAACAUUAACACGAAAAAAGAAGAUGGAAUAACUCCAUUAUCUUAUGCAUGUGAAUUCGGACAUACUGAUAUAGUAGAUAUAUUGUUAGAUCAGAAUGCUAACAUUAAUUUAUGUGACAAUGAUGGCUUUACACCACUGAUCAAAUCAUGUUUAAAUAACAACAUCAGUACAAGUCAGCUAUUAAUUCAACAGAAACCAGAUAUUAACGCCAGGACAGUUGACGGUGCUAAUGCUUUAUUUUUCAGUGCACUGAAUGGAAACCUUGAAAUAACACAAAUACUCUUACAGAACAAUGCUGACUGUAACAUAUGUUUCUACAGUAAAGAGUGUAUGAUAUGUACAUUUAAAGACCAUGCAAAGAAAUCAUUUGAGCAGAAAAAACAAGAUAUAUUUGACAUUUUUACGGAUAAUUCUUCAUCAAAUGUAAAACACCAUGUGACAAAAAAGUCGCUAUAUCAAUUCUGGACGAAAUCAUUAGAUUAUGUUAGAAUCAGGAAGAAAGCAGUCGAUUAUGUCUUUGAUGUAGUAGCUGGUUCUUCUCCAUUACACAUAGCCUGUUUUAUGGGUAGGACAGGUGUAGUCCGUUGUCUUCUGGAGAAUAAAGCUAACAUUAACAUGACAAAAGAAGAUGGAACAACACCACUAUCUUAUGCAUGUGAAGUAGGACAUACUGAUAUAUUAGAGAUGUUGUUAGAAAAAAAUCCUUACGUUGCUAGAUGUGACAAUGAUGGCUUUACACCUCUGAUUAAAGCAUGUAUGAAUAACAACACCAGCGUUGUCCAGUUAUUAAUGCAACAUAAACCAGAUAUCAACGCCAGGACAUUACAUGGUCUAAAUGCUUUAUUUUUUGGGGCAAUGAAUGGCAAUCUAGAAAUAGUACAGUUACUUUUAAAGAACAGUGCUGACUGUAAUACAUGUUUCGAUAGUAAAGAGUAUAUAAAAGAUGCAUUAACUAUCCACGCAAAUAAAACAUUAACGCAGAUACAACAAGAUAUAUUCGAUAUUGUAAAUAAUCUAUUGUCGAUAGCAAACGAUUAUGACAUUGACAGAAAUAGAUUGUUCAAAUAUGGCAAUGAGGAGUAUGUAGAUUAUGACAGAAAGGAGUCAGAAGAUUAUGACAGAACGGAGUCAGAAGAUUGUGACAGAAAGGAGUCAGUAGAUUAUGACAGAAAGGAGUCAGUAGAUUAUGACAAUGAGUUCUUAGAUCCUGUCUUUGAUGCAGUAACUAGUUCCUCUCCGUUACACAUAGCCUGUUUCAUGCGAAAGAAAGAUGUAGUUUGUUGUCUUUUGGAACAAAAAGCUAACAUUAAUAUAGCAAAAGAUGAUGGUACUACCCCAUUAUUUUAUGCAUGUGAAGUAGGACUUAAGGAUACUGUACGUUUGUUGUUAGAUAAAGGUGCAGAUACACAGAUCUGUAGACUAGAUGGGAAAUCCCCUUUUGAUAUUGCAAGAGAUAAUAGGCAUGAAUCUGUGGUGAUAAUGUUGAGAAAACAUUCAGAGGAUCAGCAGACAAUUUCUAGCUAAUUUUUUUUUAUUGAUAGGUCGUUUUGAAUUUGAAAUACCCAUUUACAAUGUAUCGUUUAAGUUUUUUUCAUGAUACCAGAUCUUUAGUUUUGAAAUUUUUGAUGGUUGAAAUAAAAUAUAAAUACCAAAGAAUAAAAACAAAAACACGGAGAAGACAUUAGAAUUCUGUAAUAAAUACAGAACCGCUGAAUCUUAAGUUUUUUAUACCCUUAUAUUUCCCCAAAUGAGUAUGUAUCAUAAAUACACAAUCUGUCUUGUUAAAUUAAAAAAAAAACACAUUGAUUACCAGCAAAUUGUUGAACUGAGCAGGGACUACCGAAGAUCAGACAUUAUCACAAAAUGUACAAUAAACAACAGAAUUAUUAAGUGACAAUCAAAGAUCGUUAAUCACUAAGUUGAUAAAAAAACAAAAAGUUAUGCAAUAUCAACAGCAGUACGGGUCCAACCGAAUGGAGAAACAUAAAAGUUAAAAAGGGACAUACAUAUAUCUAGUAUUAUCAAUGAAUAAUUGUAUCGUACAACAACCCUUAUAUAUACAAACAACGUAAAAAAUGACAUUUGAAGAUCUGACGUCACCAAAAUUGCAAAACCAUCAGAACGGAAAUAAUUAACAACAGAAGAUCAUUCAACACUUAAACCUGAACUGAUACAUGCGCACCUGACAGCGUUUAUCUUGACUUUAGUUUUAUGGUUUAACGGUCAAUGUUUAGUUUUUGUGAUAAGGUCUGUUUAUGAGUCCCUAUGUUACCUAUUUUUGGUUGUAGAGUGAAAGCUAUGUAUACAUAUCCAUGUUACAGAGUUCAAUAACCUUAAUGCAAAAGUUAUGAUUCAUUUGUAAUCUGUUUAGUUGUAUUAACAGGUUCACAGUAACUAUAUGAUGUAGGUCAACUGUUGUGUGUUUAAUAAGAAUAAUUGUAAGGUGUGCAGGUCUGUCUAACAGGUCCAGUGCUCGUUCGACCAUUACCUUAUUUUCUUUUUCAUUAAUAGAUAUAAAGAUUUAUGGACUUCGUUUUUUGGAGCAUACCAACAAAACAUGAUAAUUCAAUAGUUAUGUGAACGAAGGGAAGAUAAGAAGCACAACCGCAGUAACGAAGCGAAGCAUAAGUUAAUGCCUAAUCACUUUAUAUUCUAGACAUCCAUAAAAGAACCAUUUAAUACAGAAGACCCCAUAUUUUGGUCCAACGUAAGAACUUCUUCUCUGUCCUGUUCCAUACAAAGCACAAUAAUGUCUAAAAAAAAAAGUCAACGCUACAGAUCAAAUUAUAUCAUAUAGAAGCCAUUGGUGUUCAGUAAAACUGUCGGCCUUGAUUAAAAGGCAUAGGUGAUUCAUUCAAACGCAUUUUCACAAAAUAAUUGACAGAAAACGCUACAAUUGACCUUUAAAGAACCAAAAAUGUGUUGUAUGUUUUUAUACAUUCUAUAUUUAGUCCUUUUUAUUGUUUUAGGUUUAGUUCAAUGAACAUUCUUGUCAUUUUCAUGAGAUA